AUGUCGGGGAUGCCAAACGCCGAACUAGCGCAGGAGCAGCAGCGACCUGGCGAGCCCAUCGCCUCUCCCGUUGGGCCGAAUGCUCCCGAGCCAGCAAUGCUGGGUUCUGAACUACCGGAAGCGCCCAAGGAUAAGUUCUUCCGUAAGAUGCGCGAGCAGCCGCUUGUUCCCAUCGGCUCACUCCUGACGUGCGGCGCGCUAAUCGCGGCAUCCAACCACCUCCGUUCGGGCAACCGAGAUCAGUUCAACCGCGCCCUUCGUUGGCGUGUCGGCUUCCAAGGUCUCACCGUCCUAGCUGCUCUCCUGGGCUCGUUCUACUACGGCCAACAAGCCGCCUCUUCCACCCCCGUCCCACCACCAGCUACCUCCUCCACACCGCUACCGCAGGGCGCAGUGACGACGCUACCAGGUCGCGGGCCGACGGUGUGGCAGCAGACCCGCGCGGAUGAGCGCGCCCACAAGGACAGGAGCGAGUUCGAAGGCCGUGUCGGCCAGGCGCUGGAUCGGGAGCUGAACGACGAUAAGCGCUUGGAAGAGGCGCUGCUCGGCAAGGAGGAGGUGGUGGAUUUGGAACAGAUGAAGAAAGAAAGGCAGGGGCGCGCUAGGAGCGCCAUUGGUCAGGAUGCUAGGAGACAGGUUUGA